AUGCCGCUUGUGAUGGAUAGAAGCUGGAACAAGUCGAGCCAAGCUGAAAUCGCACCGAAUUGUCCGAGAUGCGCCUCCCCGAACACCAAAUUUUGUUACUACAACAAUUAUAGCUUGUCGCAGCCUAGGUACUUUUGUAAGGGCUGUAGGAGGUACUGGACGAAGGGUGGGUCCUUAAGGAAUGUUCCCGUGGGCGGCGGGUGUCGUAAAUACCGCCGCUCGAGAACAAAGCAGAGUGGUACGAGUCUGGCUCAUACCACGGUUAACCCGGACGGGUUAACUACGAGGUCCACGACUACUGAGGGAGACGAGGAGCCGGCUAAUAUAGACCUGGCUGCGGUUUAUGCCAACUAUUUGAAUCAAAAUUCUGGUUCUCAAAAUAAUGUAGGGGCUGAUCAAGAUGUUUCUAGCGGAGCUAGUUGUGCAUCAUACGACUUCCCAAUACAAAAUUCCGACAAUAUGGUAAUGGAAUUCGAAAAAUCGCUUGAUCUACUCGAAGAAACCCAGCUACAUGAUGAUCUCUACCAAGAUAUUAGCAUUGGGGACGAUAAUUAUCAGGAUUUUGUUGCUCAAACUCCGAAUGCUUUCGAGUUGCUCGAUGAUAAUUUACAAGAAGAAGUGACAUGGAUGAAUGCGGGAACUUUUCCGAAUUUUAUGUGGGAAUCUGGCAUGCAGUGGCAAGAGCCUGGGUCUUUUCCACAUCAAGAUCAACUACAAAAUUCAGCAAAUCUAAUCAACCAAAAUUGGAGCUCCUCGUCAACGGAUUUAUCUGGAUUAAUUUAA